ACUCACUAUGGCUUCCUUGUGUCGGAACCAGCUGUUUGGUGGUUCUGUGUGAUUUGUUUGUUCUCUGCGGCAGGGUACCCCCUCACGAAUUCGACAUGCAAAAAAUCAAAUCUCUUAUGACCCGGCAGGGUCUGAAAAGUCCUCCAGAGAGCCUCAGUGAUCUUGGUGCCAUUGAGAGUCUCCGGGUCCCUGGAAAGGAGGAAUUCCGAGAACUUCGAGAACAACCUAGUGACCCUCAAGCUGAGCAAGAACUAAUUAAUAGUAUUGAACAAGUGUAUUUUUCUACAGACUCAUUUGAUAUUGUUAAAUAUGAGUUGGAGAAGCUCCCUCCUGUUCUCAAUUUGCAAGAAUUAGAGGAGUACAGAGACAAAUUAAAACAACAGCAAGCUGCAGUCUCUAAAAAAGUAGCAGAUUUAAUCCUUGAAAAACAGCCUGCUUAUGUAAAGGAACUUGAAAGAGUUACCUCAUUACAGACAGGUCUUCAGUUAGCUGCCGUUAUCUGCACAAAUGGGAGGAGACACUUGAAUAUCGCAAAGGAAGGUUUUACUCAAGCUAGUUUAGGCCUUCUUGCAAAUCAAAGGAAACGUCAGUUGCUGAUUGGACUUCUGAAAUCUCUGAGAACUAUAAAAACAUUGCAAAGAACAGACGUCCGCUUAAGUGAAAUGCUGGAGGAAGAAGACUAUCCAGGAGCUAUUCAGCUGUGCCUGGAAUGUCAGAAAGCUGCCAGUACUUUUAAACAUUAUAGUUGCAUUAGUGAACUGAAUUCAAAGCUACAAGAUACUUUAGAGCAAAUUGAGGAGCAGCUGGAUGUUGCCCUGUCCAAAAUCUGCAAGAAUUUUGACAUUAACCAUUACACCAAGGUUCAACAAGCUUAUCGACUUCUUGGAAAAACACAGACAGCAAUGGAUCAACUUCACAUGCACUUUACCCAAGCCAUUCAUAAUACCGUGUUUCAAGUUGUUCUUGGUUACGUGGAACUAUGUGCAGGAAACACAGAUACAAAAUUCCAAAAGCUGCAAUAUAAGGAUCUCUGUACGCAUGUUACACCAGACAGCUAUAUUCCAUGCCUUGCUGACCUGUGCAAAGCACUCUGGGAGGUUAUGCUCAGUUAUUACAGGACUAUGGAGUGGCAUGAAAAGCACGACAAUGAGGAUGGUACUUCUGCUUCUGAAGGGAGUAAUAUGAUGGGUACUGAAGAAACAAGUUUUGAUCGUGGCUACAUAAAAAAGAAAUUAGAACAUGGACUUACACGAAUAUGGCAGGAUGUUCAGCUAAAAGUAAAAACCUACUUGCUUGGAACUGAUUUGUCUAUAUUCAAAUAUGAUGACUUCAUCUUUGUUUUGGAUAUAAUCAGCAGGUUGAUGCAAGUUGGAGAAGAAUUUUGUGGUAGCAAGUCUGAAGUUUUGCAAGAGUCUAUUAGAAAGCAAAGUGUCAAUUAUUUUAAGAACUACCAUAGAACACGACUUGAUGAACUGAGAAUGUUUCUAGAGAAUGAGACCUGGGAACUUUGUCCUGUCAAGUCAAAUUUCAGCAUUUUGCAACUUCAUGAAUUUAAAUUCAUGGAACAGUCACGUUCCCCAUCAGUUUCACCCAGUAAGCAGCCAUCUUCAACUUGCUCAAAAACAGUAACCUUGUUUGAGCAGUACUGUGGUGGUGGGAAUCCAUUUGAAAUUCAGGCCGACCACAAAGAUGAAGAAACAGAAGACGUCCUGGCUUCUAAUGGGUAUGAAUCUGACGAACAAGAAAAAAGUGCGUAUCAGGAGUAUGACAGUGACAGCGAUGUUCCUGAGGAACUGAAACGAGAUUAUGUUGAUGAGCAGACAGGCGAUGCUCCUGUGAAAAGCGUUUCUCGAGAGACCCUAAAAAGCAGGAAGAAAUCAGAUUACAGUCUAAAUAAAGUGAAUGCACCCAUCUUAACAAAUACAACAUUGAAUGUAAUAAGACUUGUUGGUAAAUAUAUGCAGAUGAUGAACAUUCUUAAACCAAUUGCUUUUGAUGUUAUCCAUUUCAUGUCGCAGCUGUUUGAUUAUUACUUGUAUGCAAUAUAUACCUUUUUUGGUCGGAAUGAUUCAUUGGAAUCAACAGGACUAGGUCUUAGCAGUAGCAGACUAAGAACAACUCUAAACAGAAUACAAGAAAGCCUCAUUGAUCUGGAAGUUUCAGCGGAUCCUACUGCCACGCUUACAGCAGCAGAAGACAGAAAGGAGAAGGUACCGAGCCCUCACCUCAGCCACCUAGUGGUUUUGACAUCUGGGGAUACAUUGUAUGGUUUGGCAGAAAGAGUGGUAGCCACAGAAUCUUUGGUAUUCUUGGCUGAACAGUUUGAGUUCCUUCAGCCACAUCUGGAUGCUGUAAUGCCUGCAGUCAAGAAACCCUUUCUUCAGCAGUUUUAUUCUCAGACCGUCUCAACGGCCAGUGAACUACGCAAACCAAUUUACUGGAUUGUAGCUGGGAAAGCCAUUGACUAUGAACAGACGCUGCUCCUAAUGGCUAGUGUGAAAUGGGAUGUCAAAGAAAUUAUGUCACAGCACAACAUGUAUGUCGAUGCUCUGUUAAAGGAAUUUGAGCAGUUUAACUUGAGGUUAAAUGAAGUUUCUAAGAGGGUUCGGAUACCCUUGCCUGUGUCUAAUAUACUUUGGGAACAUUGUAUACGCCUGGCUAAUAGAACUAUUGUGGAAGGAUAUGCCAACGUCAAGAAGUGUAGUAAUGAGGGUCGUGCCUUGAUGCAAUUGGAUUUUCAACAGUUUUUAAUGAAGCUUGAAAAACUAACAGAUAUUAGACCCAUUCCGGAUAAAGAAUUUGUGGAAACCUAUAUUAAAGCCUACUAUCUAACUGAGAAUGACAUGGAACGCUGGAUCAAAGAGCACAGGGAAUAUUCAACGAAGCAGCUGACCAAUCUGGUAAAUGUUUGCCUGGGAUCCCAUAUCAAUAAGAAAGCAAGACAAAAACUUCUCUCAGCUAUAGAUGAUAUAGACAGACCCAAAAGAUAAUGAACACAUUUCUUUUUCCUCAAUGGCAUUGAUCUUCUCUCAACAUACAUGACAUGAAAGCCAAUUUUUCAUGCACUGUUGACAACUGUCUUAAGAAAACUUCACGCAUGUUCUUUCCAACUGGAAAGUGGAAAACAUUGAAGUUUGUGUGGUGUUCUCAAAUGAUUUUUAUAUGCCCUGAUCUGCUUCUCUUCAGUUUUUAGUCUCAUUUGUUGUAUGCCUUUCUUGAAAUAUUGCCUCAUCAUAACUAUUGUUAUGUGACUACAGUCAUACAUUUUACUGAGGAAUGUAUCAUAAGUAUAUGAUUAGAAGGAGCAGUGACAAUACAUUCAUGGGUGGUUUUGGAGAAUGAAUUUAUGUUGGCAUUUUUCCACCCUCUGAAUUUCGUUCUUAAUAAGCAUAAUAUGAGAGAGUUAAUGUAUAGUAUCUCCUAAUUAUGAGCACUGCAUGACGAUUGAAAAGUACCUGUAAGCAAAACAGUUGAAAAAUCAGUAUGCUCUCUGUGUUUCUAAAUGUCAGAAUUUGUGUUAGGGUUAAUUUGGUUAUGACACAGCGAUCAUAAAUGAUGAAAUUUAAUAAAUAUUAUGCUCUAACAUCAUCA